ACAUGUCCCGGGAUCCAGAAGAAGUGAACAAAUUGACCGAAAACACCUAUAAAAAUGUGAUGGAGCAAUUCAACCCGGGGCUGCGGAAUUUAAUAAACCUGGGGAAGAACUAUGAAAAAACCGUGAACGCCAUGAUUCUUGCUGGGAGAGCUUACUACGACGGCGUUGCAAAAAUAGGAGACAUAGCGGUCGCGUCGCCCGUGUCUAAAGAAUUGGGUCACGUCCUCAUCGAAAUCUCCAUCGCCCAGAAGAAACUCAACGACAGCCUGGACGAAAGCUUCAAGAAAUUCCACAAGGAGAUUAUAUCUGAGCUGGAGAAGAAAACGGAACUGGAUGUCAAAUACAUGAACGCUACUUUGAAGAGAUACCAAAACGAACACCGGAGCAAGCUGGAUUCUUUGGAAAAAUCGGAGGCAGAGCUGAAGAAGAUCCGAAGGAAAAGUCAAGGGGGGAGAAACGCCACAAAAUACGAGCAUAAAGAAACAGAGUAUUUGGAAACGGUGAGUUCCCGCCAGAGCGAUAUUCAACGAUUUAUUGCCGAAGGUUGCAGGGAAGCUCUCCUUGAAGAGAAGAAAAGAUUUUGUUUCCUGGUGGACAAGCACUGCAGUUUUGCACAGCACAUGAAGUAUUACCACGUGGAGUGUACGGAUUUACUGAACUCCAAGUUGCCCGGGUGGUUGGAGACCUGCAGCGAUGCCACCAAAGUGCCGGAGAAGGUUAUGACCAUAUUAGAAGAGAUAAAGACGCCAGUCUCCACUCCAAUCUCGGGAACUCCCAUGCCUUCACCGAUGAUCGAGAGAAACAACAUGGUGGGAAAGGAUUACGACUCGCUACGUAGGAAUUCUGCCCAAGUGCCCCCCGCUCCUACCGUCAGAGCCUAUACGAGUCCCUUAGUUGAUAUGUUUAACAACCCAGCAGCGGUUCCAAAGGCAACAUCGGAGAGCUUAAAUAAUUCAACAAAUCACGCGGACGAUUCCAGCUUAUCACGCUCCACGUCUGUUGCCACAGGACUCAACAUAAUGAAGAGGCAGAAAGUUAAAACCAUCUUCCCCCACACCGCCGGGAGCAACAAAACCCUGCUGAGCUUUGCGCAGGGCGAUACCAUCACGCUGCUGGUGUCGGAGGAAAGGGACGGCUGGCUGUAUGGGGAGCACGACGUUACUAAAGUAAAAGGUUGGUUCCCUUCAUCUUAUACAAAGCCCUUCGAAGAACCGGUCGAAGAGACAGCUCGUGCUCCUGUACCAAGUACUGCGCCUGUCCGAAGCAUCAGCUCAGUUAACCUGACGGACAGAGGUGGGGUUGUCCUUCCCCCACCAGAUUACGGGGUACCGUGGCAAACAGGAGCAAAUUCUGAGUCAAGACUGGAGGCUUCUAAGACGACAGCUGCACUUAAAGCGCCAGUGACCAAACCAGAGAGCUCAGCUCCCCCUGACGUGAACGGGAUUAGGAAGCCACCUUUCCUUAGCGGAGAAAAUCCAUUUGCGAUCGUGAAACUUCGACCCACGGUAACCAACGACCGAUCGGCACCGAUACUUCGAUGA